AUGAGUCACAUUGAUAGAUUCCUGUUAUCAGAUGCUUUGAUCGAUCAUUGGAAUAUAGUAGGCCAAUCCAUUGGCAAAAGGGAGUUGUCUGACCAUUUCCCGAUAUGGAUUACCAUCAAUGCCGACAAUUGGGGGCCUAAACCGUUUAGGUUCAUGGACUGCUGGUUGGACCAUAAUGGUUUUGCAUGUUUUGUAGAAAAUGAAUGGAAUAGUUUUGCUAUUUCAAGGAGGAGCGGUUUUGUGAUUAUUCAGAAUGCUUAA